UCCUACGGGCCGGCUCGAGGGAGGGGCUCGGCCGCCCCGCCAGGACUCGCGGCCGGAAGCGCUCGCUGUCACAAAGGGGAGCACGUGGGCGCCGGCUGCCGGGUGGCGGUCGCCGGGAGCCAGGGUCGCCCGGAGCCCCCCGCCGUCCCGCGCGAGCCGACAGCUCCGCCGGCCGCCACCGGAGUGGGUACAGGCUGAGCAGUCCCGGCCGGCCCGCGCUCCAGUGUCUGCACCCGCGCGGACCCCGCAGAGCCAUGUCCAUCCUGUACGUCUCCCCGCACCCGGACGCCUUCCCCAGCCUCCGAGCCCUCAUCGCGGCUCGGUACGGGGAGGCUGGGGACGGGCCUGGCUGGGGCGGCGCGCAGCCCCGCAUCUGUCUUCAGCCGCCCCCGGCCAGCCGGACGCCCUUCCCGCCACCCCGCCUGCCGGCCUUGGAGCAGGGGCCCGGGGGGCUCUGGGUGUGGGGGGCCACAGCUGUGGCCCAGCUGCUGUGGCCGGCGGGCCUGGGGGGCCCUGGGGGCAGCCGAGCAGCUGUGCUCGUGCAGCAGUGGGUGAGCUAUGCCGACACGGAGCUCAUACCGGCGGCCUGUGGGGCCACGCUGCCGGCCCUGGGACUCCGGAGCCCGGCCCAGGACCCCCAGGCUGCCCUGGGAGCCCUGGGGAAGGCCCUGCAGCCCCUGGAGGAGUGGCUGAGGCUGCACACCUACCUGGCGGGGGAUGCGCCCUCCCUGGCCGACCUGGCUGCCGUGACAGCCCUGCUGCUGCCUUUCCGAUACGUGCUGGAGCCCUCUGCCCGCCAGAUCUGGGGGAAUGUGACUCGCUGGUUUCGCACGUGUGUCCAGCAGCCAGAGUUCCGGGCGGUGCUGGGAGAAGUGGCUCUGCUCUCGGGGACUCGGUCCUCCUCUCAGCAGCCAGCCCCCGAGGUCCCUGCACCUCCAAAGACAGCUGCUCAGCUCAAGAAGGAAGCAAAAAAACGGGAGAAGCUGGAGAAAUUCCAGCAGAAGCAGAGGAUCCUGCAGCAGCAGCCAGCACCAGGGGAGAAGAAACCAAAAGCCGAGAAGAAGGAGAAGCGCGAUCUUGGAGUCAUUACCUAUGACAUCCCCAUCCCGCCUGGGGAGAAGAAAGACGUGAGUGGUGCCAUGCCCGACUCCUACAGCCCGCGGUACGUGGAGGCUGCCUGGUAUCCGUGGUGGGAGCGGCAGGGCUUUUUCAAGCCAGAGUACGGGCGCCCCAGCGUGUCCGCGCCAAAUCCGCGGGGCGUCUUCAUGCUCUGCAUCCCGCCCCCCAACGUGACCGGCUCGCUGCACCUGGGCCACGCGCUCACCAACGCCAUCCAGGACUCCCUGACCCGAUGGCACCGCAUGCGCGGCGAGACCACCUUGUGGAACCCAGGCUGUGACCAUGCAGGCAUCGCCACCCAGGUGGUGGUGGAGAAGAAGCUAUGGCGGGAGCGGGGCCUGAGCCGGCACCAGCUGGGGCGUGAGGCCUUCCUGCAGGAGGUCUGGAAGUGGAAGGAGGAGAAGGGUGACCGGAUUUACCACCAGCUGAAGAAGCUUGGCAGCUCCCUGGACUGGGAGCGAGCCUGUUUCACCAUGGACCCUAAACUGUCAGCAGCCGUAACGGAGGCUUUUGUCCGUCUUCAUGAGGAAGGCGUCAUCUACCGCAGCACGCGCCUGGUCAACUGGUCCUGCACCCUCAACUCCGCCAUCUCCGACAUCGAGGUGGAUAAGAAGGAGUUGACGGGUCGCACCCUUCUCUCUGUGCCUGGCUACAAGGAGAAGGUGGAGUUUGGGGUCCUUGUGUCCUUUGCUUAUAAGGUCCAGGGCUCAGACAGUGACGAAGAGGUGGUGGUGGCGACAACCCGGAUUGAGACCAUGCUGGGAGACGUGGCAGUGGCUGUGCACCCAGAAGAUCCCAGAUACCGGCACCUGAAGGGAAAGAGCGUGAUCCACCCGUUCCUGUCUCGGAGCCUCCCCAUUGUCUUUGACGAUUUUGUGGACAUGGAGUUUGGCACAGGCGCCGUCAAGAUCACCCCUGCGCACGACCAGAACGACUUCGAGCUGGGGCAGCGGCACCGGCUGGAGGCCGUCAGCAUCAUGGACUCCCGUGGCGCCCUCGUCGGCGUGCCCCCUCCCUUCCUGGGCCUGCCCCGGUUUGAGGCCAGGAAGGUGGUGCUGGCGGCCCUGAAGGAGCGAGGCCUGUUCCGGGGCGUGCAGGACAACCCCAUGGUGGUGCCGCUCUGCAGCCGCUCCAAGGACGUGGUGGAGCCUCUGCUGAGGCCGCAGUGGUACGUGCGCUGUAGGGAGAUGGCCCGGGCUGCCAGCGCGGCCGUGACCCGGGGUGAGCUCCGCAUCCUGCCCGAGGCCCAUCAGCGGACGUGGCAUUCCUGGAUGGACAAUAUCCGAGACUGGUGCAUUUCCCGGCAGCUGUGGUGGGGCCAUCGCAUCCCCGCCUACUUCGUCACCGUCCAUGACCCGGCAGUGCCCCCCGGGGAGGACCCCGACGGCCGCUACUGGGUGAGCGGGCGCAGCAAGGCCGAGGCCCGGGAGAAGGCCGCCCGGGAGUUCGCAGUGUCGCCGGACAAGAUUGCCCUGGAGCAAGAUGAGGACGUGUUGGACACCUGGUUCUCCUCCGGCCUCUUCCCCUUCUCCAUCCUCGGCUGGCCCAGCCAGUCAGAAGACCUGAGCGUGUUCUACCCGGGGACCUUGCUGGAGACCGGCCAUGACAUCCUGUUCUUCUGGGUGGCCCGGAUGGUCAUGCUGGGCCUGAAGCUCACUGGCAGGCUGCCCUUCCGAGAGGUCUACCUCCACGCCAUCGUGAGGGAUGCGCACGGCCGGAAGAUGAGCAAGUCCCUGGGGAAUGUCAUCGACCCCCUGGAUGUUGUCCAUGGCGUCUCCCUGCAGGGCCUCCACGACCAGUUGCUGAACAGCAACCUGGACCCCAGCGAGGUGGAGAAGGCUAAAGAAGGACAGAAGGCUGACUUCCCUGCUGGGAUCCCUGAGUGUGGCACGGACGCCCUCCGCUUUGGCCUCUGUGCCUACACCUCGCAAGGUCGGGACAUCAACCUGGACGUGAACCGGAUCCUGGGUUAUCGACACUUCUGCAACAAGCUCUGGAACGCCACCAAGUUUGCCCUCCGAGGCCUUGGGGAGGGCUUUGUGCCCUCACCUACCCCCACGCCUGGAGGCCAGGAGAGCCUGCUGGACCGCUGGAUCCUCAGCAGGCUGACAGAGGCCGUGAGGCUCAGCAAUGAGGGCUUCCGGGCCUACGAUUUCCCAGCCAUCACCACGGCCCAGUACAGCUUCUGGCUGUACGAGCUCUGUGACGUCUACUUGGAGUGCCUGAAACCCAUCCUGAGUGGGGUGGACCUGGUGGCCGCCCAGUGUGCCCGCCAGACGCUGUACACCUGCCUGGACGUCGGCCUGCGGCUGCUCUCGCCCUUCAUGCCCUUCGUGACAGAGGAGCUGUUCCAGAGGCUGCCCCGGCGGACCCCGCAGGCCCCUGCCAGCCUCUGCGUCACCCCCUACCCGGAGCCCGCAGAGUGCUCCUGGAAGGACCCCGAGGCGGAAGCCGCCCUUGAGCUGGCGCUGAGCAUCACUCGAGCCGUGCGCUCCCUGCGUGCCGACUACAACCUCACCCGGACCCGGCCUGACUGUUUCCUGGAAGUGGCUGACGAGGCCACAGGCACCCUGGCGUUGGCGGUGUCUGGCCACGUGCAGGCACUGGCCAGUGCAGGUGUGGUGACCAUCUUGGCCCUGGGGGCCCCUGCACCCCAGGGCUGUGCUGUGGCCCUGGCGUCUGACCGCUGCUCCAUCCACCUGCAGCUGCAGGGCCUGGUGGACCCAGCCCGGGAGCUGGGCAAGCUGCAGGCCAAGCAGGCUGAGGUGCGGCGCCAGGCCCAGCGUCUGCGGGAGCGCCGCUCCGCCGUGGGCUACUCGGGCAAGGUGCCCCUUGAGGUCCAGGAGACGGACGGAGCCAAGCUCAGGCAGACAGAGGCAGAGCUCAGGAAGGUGGAGGAGGCCAUUGUGCUGUUCCAGAAGAUGCUGUGAUGCCCAGCUCCAGUCCUCCUGCCCCCAGUGUCCGCCUGAGGGACAGCAGCAAUAAAAUACUUCACCACAAA